UGGACACGUGUUUGAUCUUUGAGCAGUGAGGCCUCCCAUCACAGAUGGCAUCAAUGGAUUUUGAGCAGGCUAACGUUACAUUGCUUUCUGAGAAUGAAAACCUCAAGCAUAGUAACAACCACUUGAACAUGGUGUUAAACCUGGUCAAAGAAAGCCUGGAGCUGACUACCAAGAACAAUGUGUCCAGCUGGGGUGUUCACAUGGACCCAGAAGGAAGCAAACCAACCACUCAUAUCCAAGACACCCUGGGGAAGAGCCAGUUCAGAAGAAACUUGCACCAAAGGGGCCUGAAACCUGUGCACAAAACCUCCUCUCCGAUCAGCUUUGAGUCUUUCAUAAAAAGUUCCAUGCACACUCAAACAAGAGUGAAGCCAGCAGUUGAAACCUACAGUCAGUCUUCUGUGCCUCGAAAGGUUAAAGACCCGGAACGGCUGAUUGGAGAGAUCGCCUUUCAGCUGGACAGGAGGAUUCUUUCGCAUGUGUUCCAGAGCCAGGCUAGACUCUAUGGCUUUACUGUGCUCAACAUACCAGAAAAAAUCAUCCAGGUGAGCUCACACCCGUUGAUCGGGCGGGUGGAUGAGGGGUACGGCCUCCAUGUCUCCCAGAGGUACACGGACCUGAUGGGGAGGUUGGCCCAGCUCGGGUACAAUCGGACCCUGCACCCUCCCUUCACUGAGUUCAUCGUCAACACCUAUGGGAUACUGAAGCAAAGGCCCGAUUCUUACACGGCUCAGAAGAUGGACUACAACAACGUCUAUGUUUUGAGGGAGGUCAUUUUCAGCACUGCUCCAGGGAAACUGGUCCCGGACCUGCUCCUCCUGCUCAGCUGCCUGUCGGACAUGGCCAGGACGGACAGGAAGCCCCUCCUCCUGUGGUAGAGAGCUGGGGUCAGCAUGGCCACCCUCCUUAU